CGUCUGUAGAGCACAAUGCGCGCGUUCCACGGGAUCCCGCAGCGCGUGCUUGUCCAGCCGGGCGUCGGACAGAUUUGAUGUACGAAUUUACAGGCCGGACACAAAGACGAAGCACACUGCGGGAGAAACCUUCAUGUAAAAUUUGGGUGCCUGAAAAUUUGGUAACUCGGAGCCCCAAAGACCCGUUUCUUGAGGAUUUAUUUGUGUGAUGCUGUCCACUCCAUCAGUGGCACAAACCAGACGUUCAACUUAAGCAGUUAAUACCACCUCGGAGCUGAAGGGGGAAAAAAAGUAUGUGGGGAAAAUAAAUAUAAAGGUGUCUCAAUAUCCUGCAUUUCUCUUGGCGAUGCAGUGAAGCCUGACUGGUUGGAGAUCGUCUGCAUGGCUGUGUUUGUUACGAGAGGGGAACUAAGCUUCUGAUUGUACCUGAAGCUGAAACGGGCCCAAGCUGCUGACAGGCGUAAAUACAGCUUCAGACUUCCGGCCCGCGGGAGGGACCCAGUGGAAUGCGCACCUCCAUGGAGGUGGACUCCGCCCUUCUGCCCAGGGGGGCCCAGCGUUCCAGCACAGGCCGCGGAGACUGAGACCCGCCGAGGGGCCCAGGAAGGGGAAGGGCCGCCGGGGCCGAACCGCUCGUCCGCUCGCGCAAGAACCCUACCCUGCCCCCGUUCCUCCCCACCCCCCCGCCACCCAGGGUCCGCCAAGAUGGGCUGGUUCCCCUCCCCCUUCGACAACCUGCUGUGCAUGCUCCUGGGCAUCUCCUUCACCGUCUGGUUCACCCUGCUGCUCGUCUUCAUCAUCGUUCCUGCCAUCUUCGGCGUCUCCUUCGGCAUCCGCCGCCUGUACAUGAAGACUCUGCUCAAGAUCUUUGAGUGGGCCACGCUGAGAAUAGAGAGAGGGGCCAAGGAGAAGAACCACCUCCUCUACAAACCCUACACUAAUGGCAUCAUCGCCAAGGAGCCCACCUCCCUGGAGGAGGAGAUCAAAGAGAUCCGGCGCAGCGGGAGCAACCGCGACCUGGGCGCGGCCGCCGCCUUCGAGAUGUCCGACAUCUUCUACUUCUGCCGGCGCGGCGUGGAGAGCAUCAUGGACGACGAGGUGACCAAGCGCUUCUCGGCCGAGGAGCUGGAGUCCUGGAACCUGCUCACCCGCAGCAACUACAACUUCCAGCACAUCAGCCUGCGGCUCACCGUGCUGUGGGGCCUGGGCGUGCUCAUCCGCUACGGCUUCCUGCUGCCGCUCAGGGUAACCUUGGCCUUCACUGGAGUGGGGCUCCUCGUGGUUCUCACCUCCAUCAUCGGUCUCCUGCCCAACGGGAGGAUGAAGAACGUCCUCAGCGAGAAGGUGCACGUGAUGUGCUACCGGAUCUGCGUGAGAGCCCUGACCGCCAUCAUCACCUACCACGACAGCGAGAACAAGCCCAAGAACGGCGGGAUCUGCGUGGCCAAUCACACCUCGCCCAUCGACGUCAUCAUCCUGGCCAGCGACGGCUGCUAUGCAAUGGUGGGCCAGAUCCACGGGGGCCUGAUGGGGGUCAUCCAGAGGUCCAUGGUGAAGGCCUGCCCGCACAUCUGGUUUGAGCGCUCUGAAGUGAAAGACCGACACCUGGUGGCCAAACGGCUGAGUGAUCACAUUGAGGACAAAACGAAACUGCCCAUUCUGAUUUUCCCUGAAGGUACCUGCAUCAACAACACCUCCGUGAUGAUGUUCAAGAAGGGCAGCUUUGAGAUUGGCUGCACGGUCUACCCCGUCGCCAUCAAGUACGACCCCCGCUUCGGAGACGCCUUCUGGAACAGCAGCAAGUUCGGCAUGGUCAACUACCUGCUGAGGAUGAUGAGCAGCUGGGCCAUCGUGUGCAGCGUCUGGUACCUGCCCCCCAUGAGCCGAGAGGAAGGAGAGGAUGCUGUGCAGUUUGCUAACCGAGUCAAGGCAGCCAUCGCCAGGCAAGGAGGGCUGGUGGACCUGCUGUGGGACGGAGGGCUGAAGAGAGGGAAAGUAAAGGACACUUUCAAAGAGGAACAGCAGAAGCUGUACAGCAAGAUGCUGGUGGGAACCACAGAAGACCGCAGCCGGUCAUGAGGACUGGAGCCACGCUGAAGGCGCGGGGGGGAGGGGGGAGGGGGGAAACAGAGCCCCGUGAAGUCUCCGGAUAAGGACACCCCCCGCCCCAUGUCCAGAACACAAACAGGCUUCCAUGGCCACUGCCACAGACUGGCUUGCUCCUCGCAGAUGGAUGGGGCAUUUUUCCGUUAAAACGAUGUUGUUGAUGUUUGUCGUUGUUACUGGCCGCCGCGGGUGGGAGAACCAGUCUUCUCCGUUCCCUCUUUCUGUUCCUGAAUCAUUUCAUCGACAACGGACAGUCAUUUCUGCCUGAGUGUUUCUGAACGUUUCUGAACGUGCAAGCAGGAAGCUGCUCUGUCCUUCCUGCCGGCAAAAAAAAAUGGUCAAUUUUUCAUCGGGAGUAACUGUAACAUGUAUUUAUCUCCUUCGAUUGUUUUUGCUCCUAACCUUUCACUUUCCAUGGUUAUUAUUAUUAUUAUUAUUAUUAUUCUCAUCAUCAUCAUCAUUAUUUCUAUUAUUAUUAGAGUCAUCAUUGUUAUUGUGACAGAUUUUAUGGGCUAAGAAAAAGUGGGUGGGGAGGCACGGCGAUGGAAAGAAAGGACUCUGUCACGUAAAGUGUUACCCGUGCCCACGUUUGUAAGUGUCUGCAUGAGGAAAGCAGACGGUAAGUAGUCACAGCUGCAUAUUGUACCCUUUUCGGUUUGUUUCCGAUACUUUCUCAUUUUGAUUUUUUUGCAACAAAAAAAAAACUCAUUUAAGCAUUGUAACGCACAUGUAUAAAAUACAGGACUUACUCGGAAACUAAAAAAACGAAAGCGGGUUGUUUAUUUUUUGUGGGGAAAUUCCAUUGAGAUGCAUGGGCCUCUGGUGUUUCACAAUGCUUGGUCAUGUCCAGUUCCUGGAAAGGGUACACUUGGAUUUUCUCCAGUCUUGACCCUCUCUGCACGGAUAAUGGUCUCGAUAACAGGGCCAGGAUUGCUGUCUGAGACUGGAAAUUGACUUGGAGCGAAGGCGGCAACUCACACCCCUUCUCACACAGGUCUUCUGUCCCUCACUCAUGUAGACUCCAGACUCUUGAGUCCUUUCAGAUUUGGGAUACUGUAAAGGUGUAUUUCCCUUUGGCCAGCGAGAACUCUUGUUGUGGUCUCGGUGUUGAUUGUGAAUGAAUCUGCAUCAGCGACUGCAAAGCUCAGCUGAUGGACUGCAUGAUGAAGUAAAGUGGUAGUUGGCUUAACACACUUAAGAGGACAUUAAUGCAAGUCUGCAGUCUGGCAUAAUGGAGGAUGUUACAGUGAUGGGACAUUCCUGAAAAUAUACUCGCCGCUCCACAUUGGGAGAAAAGAAUAGUUGGUUUUGAAGUGCUUGGAUGCACAAUACGUUAUGUGCGGUUUUCCUACUUGAUUAAAUGUUUGAAAGUAGAUUAACUUGCUAAUAGAAGGUGUCAAUAUACUGCUGGCUGUAAAUUAAAUUGUGUGAUUUACAGUUAAUGGAGGGACAAGCUACAAAAACUGUCCAUAGUACCCUUGAUGGUAGCUUAAGUGGACGACAUGCAUCUUGUGGGGGAAAAAGCAACAUUCACUCUUCAGUCUUGCAGUGUAUGUAGCCUAUACAAAAAAAUUGUUUUGUGCUGAUAUGGCAGACCAGAGAGAGGGACAUGCUGCAGUCUACCUCUAUGUCUGGACCAUUUUUGGGCAGAUGCAUGUACAGAUGGACAAUAAGAUGCGAUUUCCAUCUUGAAAUGUACUGUGCUUGCGAGAUUCAUCUCAGGGUAAGCAUGGACAAUAGAACUAUGCAUGAACACAGCUGCCUAGCAACCAAAAGUGAGAAAACAUUUCUACAUUUCUUUUGUAAAAAUGCUCCUCUUCAGCUUGCUUCACUGCUCUGGUUCCUGAAUGCCCUUUGUUAUCUAUGUCACUCUUUGACAACCAAUUGCCAUAGAGCUGCCGAUGUUCGCUUGCUAAAGUGGAUGAACUGAAUGUAAUAUUAAUGCUAAUCCGCUAUCUCUCCUCACUCGAUUGGUGCUUAUAAAGCUGCUAUCACCGCCAGUCAAAUUAAAGUAUUACAGUUCAACAGAAAUCCUUGUUCCCAGUGUGAACUUGGGUAGUCCUCAUAAUUACAGUCCACAAGCAAAAAAAAAAAAAUUUUUUUUUUUUCCUUUUUUUGCUCAUCCAUCUUUACUGUGCUCUGCUGUUUUUUAGUUGCAGUCAAUAAAGGUUAGUACAGCUUUGGACUGGUACUGAGCGGUAGUUUGGAGCACGUAGGGGAAAAUCCUAUUUUAGCAACCCAGUGUUUAAGUGUUUAGCUUCACUUCUGGGAAAUCAAAACUUACUUGGCAUAGCCCCCAUGUGUGUUUGGCAUUACGCAAAUGUGCUAAAAAUGGUCAGUGCUUUGGUGAAGUUAGCCCACAGUCGGCUGAAUGGGUGUGGCUGUUGACCGUACAGUUUAUUCUAUACUCCAUUGCUGCCAGAGAUGGAGCAGGCUCCUGGGCUCACACAGAGCAGCCGAUUGUUGACUCUACUCAAGCCAUUCAUGAAACAAAGACCUACUCAUUCAUGGCCUCCAAAACCAACAUCCUCCAGAAGACCAAUAAAGCAGAAUACUGUUAUUGUU